AUGCCGCGCAUGGUGGGAAGCAGGAAUACUUCAACGACACCGCCGGGAGCGAAGGAGGAGGACGAGGAGGAGAACAUCUCUAGUAUCAUCCGGGCAGACCUGAGCAUCACCAAACCUCCUCCUGUCCCUCCAGGAGGAGACAAGGAGGAAACCGACGUCGGAGCAGCGGCAGCAUUGAUCCUCGCCCGCGGCAUGUCGUUUGGCAACACCAAGGCACUGGACAGCAUCUACCUGCAUGAGUACUCGGCAAGGGGAGAGGAGACGCCUCCUCCUCCCCAUGCUGGAGGGGAGCUGAAGGGAGCGAGGGAGGCGAAGAGGGAGGAAGUGGAGGAGGGCAAGUCGAGGAUGUGUCCUCAAGAGCAUGCGGAUCGAGUCUCUGCCAUCCUCCUCGCUCGCGGCGCCUCCUUCUGCCAUGCACGGGCGCUGGAUAGCAUCUACCUGAAGGACGUCGGGGGAUGA